GGUUGCGUCCUGCCGGGGUGCCGGGGACUCCUGCAGCACCAGCGACCCACCCUGGGGCUGUGCACGGGGCUGUGCCCAUGGGUGCCCCCCACCCCUGGCUGGGGCACCCAUGGGUGCUGAUGUUCCCCUCACCGCAGGCGGGGUGCUGCGUCUGCGGGAAGGUGGGGGGCCCUGCACGGACACCUCCCCGCACCUCACCUCCCUCUGCCGGCUGCUGGAGAGCAUCCUGCGCCGGGGGCUCCGACAGCCAGCCUGGGGCUUCAGGAGACGGGAUUACUGGCACUGGCUGGAACAGCUCCCCACAGGGGACAGUGGCAGGCCGACCCCUCUGUCCAUCACCAUCCAGAAAGCGGGCAGCUGCGGGAAGGUGCGGACAGCGCAGGGCCACGGGCGGUACUUUCUGCGCUUGGCUCUGCAGGAGAAGGUGCUGGCGGCGGCUGUGAGGCAGCUGGCACAGACCCCCCGGCUCCUGGAGUUUUACGAUCCAGUGAGCUCCAUCCUCGGCAGCGAAGACCUCCUGGAGCCUUUCCUCUCGCUGCUGCUGGUGGUGACAGAGAUGGAUUUCUCCCUGGACCUGCAGAAUUGCAGCUUCUUGGACGAAAGCUGGCUGCUGCCGGUGUGCAUCACUUAUGAGACAGUCCCGUGCCGAGUGCUGGGGAUGGUGCUCAGGUAUGUGGACGGCCGAGUCUUUGUCACCGAGGUUCUCCCUGAGAGCCAGGCAGAUGUGGAUGAGGUGGUGCUGGCCGGUGACAUCCUCGAUGAGAUCAACGGCUGCUCGCUGAGAAACGCCUACAGCGGGCAGGCCGGGGAUGUGCUGCAGAAGCUGAAGGGAGAACCCCUCAGCUUCCGCCUGCUGUGCUGGCGGUGGCACGACGGGGAGGUCUACGAGCCGCUGCUGCCCUACCUGAAGGUCUUGAAGGAGAAGGAGCCCCAUUUCCAGCUCCAGCGUGGCCCUCGGCGCAGGGGCGAGGGGGAGCCGCAGAGGCUGCAGGGAGGCAGGCUGCUCUACAACCUGCAGUAUCUGGGCCAGGCCAGCGUUGGGAAGUAUGGUGGCAAAGAGGUGCUAGCCCAGGCCAUCCCCACCGUGCUGGAGAGACACUCGGCAGCACGGGAGGUUUUAUUUGAUGUGAAGGAAGCAGAAGUCCUUGUACAGGAGAAGACUUCUUCCAAGGUCCUGUGCCGCUACCCCUACCCCAAGAUCUCCUGCGUGGGACGCUGCGUGGGCAACAGCAAUUUAUUUGCCUUCUGCGUGGUCGCUUCCCCGGAGAGCCCUGAUGGGAGCACGUUCGACUGCCUGGUGUUUGCAUCGCGUUCUGAGCAGGAAUGCGAGGAAAUUGUCAGGAGAGUCGCUGCAGGGUUUAAGCACACGGAGUGGUUUGUCUGAGAGGGGAGAACUCCAGCUCCAGCCCCUGCGCCACAGCCGGCCAGCAGCACCCCGAGCACUGCAGCCCCAACUCCCGGGAGCAGGAUGGUUCCAAACAGCUUCCAGGCCAUUGUAGUCAGGUAGGACACGGUUAAUGCCUCCGGGCUGCAACCACCCCAAGGGCCGGUGCUGCCUUACUGCCUGCUCCCUGGUAUGAACCAUUGCUGUUCGUCCUCCUGAAACACUACUUUUCAUUUCAUUGAAAUAAAUCAAGC